UCAUAAGCUGAGAAACCCACACACAUACAGAUACAUGAACGCAUAGAUAUUGUCGGAUUGUGCAUGUGCGUGGCCGCUGUCAAUGAAGCUCUCAGUCUCCUUGAUUGGCUGGAGGAAGCCGGUGCCGAGAACGCCCCGUCUCGGCUUCUGGAUCUUGGGGACAGGAGAUGUCUCGUUGGAGUCGGUGGCCGCUGUCUCAUUCAAAGCUGCUGUGGAGGCAACGGGGCCUUUCAGCUGCAUGAAAUCAUCAAGAAGAGAGAACACCCGCCAUUUGCCUGCUCUUCCUCCUGCGCACCAUUGUCUUGAGGGCUCGUUGGUUCUCAGGUUGCUUCAGAGAGGAGAGAGCAGUGCUGAUUCCACCAAAUGGUGUGAUGCGGGCUUCGGAUGGGCGGCGGUCGUCCUCUAUGUAGCCCUCCUUAGUGCCGACGGGCAAGGCAUCGCGAGGCUCGGGAACCUUGUCCGAUAUCUUGCUGUCAUCAUCAUAAUCGGUGGACUUGGCGGCGACAUCAUCACCUUCAGAGGUGCUGUCAGCUGCGGUAGUGUUUGCAGUGUCGGCACUCUCGGCCAGCCCUGCAGCAGUGUCGUUCAGGGCCUCGUCAGCUGCCGCACUGGGGCCCUGCAUGAUUGGACACACACAGGCACAGACACGCACACACACCGGGAAAUGGGGACCAUUGCAAAACAAUCUGUGAGCUGUGCACCUCCUUCGGCUGAAGCACAACUGCGUGUGAACGCCCCGCGCGUGCCACGCGGAAUGCAGCGGAGGCCAAUGUCGCCAGGAGGACGAUGAGGCGCAUGGAGAAGGGCACCUUCAUCUGCCGAUGACGGACGGAGAGAAUACGGCUCGUUAGAUUUCGAGGAAAGGGGCAGAGGGGAGAG